AUGUCUACUGGGCAUGCGAGCGCUUGGGCCUCUCCUAGGAUCUCAGAUCAUGACAGAAACUAUAACGAAGAAAUAUUAUCACCGAGCACGAAGAUUACAAAACGACGCAAGAGAAAAAUCAAGCGUUUAAGACAUCCCACGGAGUCGUAUCUAUUCCUAAAAUUUAUCCAAUUUCUUACCGUGUUUGUACUCAAUAUUGCGUUAUUUUCUUUAUGUGUUGGCUUCUGUGUCUCUCUUCUACCGAUUGUCCUUUUAGUGAGGAAACUUGUCGGCUCGUGCUGCGUAAAGUUGAGCAGUCGGAGCGGCAAUCUUCGAGCAGUGAAUUCCCUAGACGCACUCUGGCUACUGCCAUGCUCAAAAGUAAACAAUGUAGCGGUGACAAGUAUUUUCUUUCUAGUAGAAGGACAGAUCACCCAAGAAGAAAUUCGAGAUUUUAUUGAUGAAAAUUGGUUGUAUUAUUGCAACACCAAGAAAAACUUCAGGUUCCCAAAGCUACGAGAAUUCGCUGUGAAGAUUUGUUCGGGCUUCGCCUGGAAACCAAUAGCUAAUUUCCAAACGCGAAACUUUAUCUUAACUUCAACAGACGACAACAAAUUAUUUCAGGAUUAUUUUAAUGAUAUUGAAAACAGUGAUUAUUUAAGACCAGAGGAUGCUGAAAAUGGCAAACAAUUUUUAUGGAGAAUUGUAUUAUUUCCGAAUUUCUCCGAUUCCGAAGAUACUGGUUUCCUGCUGGAAAUGCACCGAAGUUUAGCAGACGUGUUCCCGCUCUCAAGACUCGCUCUGAGUUCCCUGGGCUACAAGACAGUGUACUUGCGGGAUCGCUGUUAUCCCGUACAACAAGCCUGUUUAGGUCUGAGCACGGCUUUUGCCGGCCCUCUGAUGGUGGUCAAGCGAAUGUUGCUUCCCCGACCAAAGUGUUUACUCGACGAGCAAAUGUCUGAAGGGAAUUGCGGUGAAAAAACAGUGCUAUGGUCUGAGGCGAUUGAUUUUCGAUCCAUAAAGAAAAUUAAGGAUAUCACAAGGACGAAAGUGGACAUUGUUCUCAUGUCCUGCCUGGCCGGCGCAUUGCGGUCCUUUCUGUACAAAUGCGGCGAUGAGGUCCCCGCUGACGUGCGCGCAUGCGUGCAAACAGACAUUCGAGCCCAGCAUUCCAAGCUUAAACUGGACAGCAAGUUCUCCGCCAUGUUCGUAGAUCUUCCUUCAGGCACAGAGGGUGCUGUUCCCCGCUUGUGGGAGACACGUCGUCGCAUGGACACCUUCUCAUCCGUCAUCGAGCGCCACGCCCUCCAUGCCUUCUUGAAGUUCGUCCUUCUUAUCCUCCCGAUAUCCUUUGCUCGGCGCUUUGUGGAUUAUACCGCUGGGAAGUCUUCGUGCACUGUGACGUAUAUCGCGGGUCCAAAUACACCUGUAUAUUUGAACGGCAAGAUGGCGAAGCUGAUGACCAUUUUGUCGCCGCGAAUAACAGGACAAGGGUUGUCACUAUCACUCGUGACCCACGCUAACCAGGUUCGUCUCGGGAUAGUAGCACACCAACGGUUGCCAUGCGACCCGAAAAUACUGCUGAAUGAUUUCCAACGAGAGAUCGACGAACUUCACAAGCAUUUAUCUAACCGGACCCUCCCCUCCCAUCUAAGGGUGCGUGCGCGGCAGCAGGUUCAAAUAGACGAGAGAGGCGAAGAACAGGUUUGACGAGUUACAAACAUGUUUAUGACCGGAUAAUCUUGCUACAAUCAAACCAACUAAGAAUACGACAGCCCAGAUCAACGAGAGGGAGACAGGUUUUUCUUAGAAAAAAACUAUAUGACAAGGAUUGCUAAAAAAUAAAAAAGAAUCGCUGAAGGAUUUGUUAACCAAAAAGAAUACGUGUGUACGCCUAUUCCAAAUAAGGAUGAAUGCGUAACCCGCAGUGCUUCGUGGGUAUCAUAUAAACAAAUAAAUUAGCAUGAAUAAAAAAGGCUCGCUUAGGAAAGCUGAAGCAUUCUUCAGAGACAACUUACCCACGAAGUACAACGUGUUACUAUUCUUUUAGUGCAACCUUUUCAGGAAAAGGUGUACACGCUUUUAAGAGUUUUGCGGUUUUAAAAGUGAGGACAGAAAUGUUCCAAAGGGGACAAAAGGCGUUAUGCAAAUAUAGUGAUUUUGAUUAUAUGAUAAUAAAUAUUAAUAUAAAUUAGUAAGUUAUGAACGUAGAAAGGUAUAUUAGAGAUAUAUUUAUAAUUUGUCUAGCUAUAAAAUAGGCAGGCAUUAAGUGACAAAUGAUUGGAUAAUUAUUGAUAAGGUUAAUUAUUACAAGGAAAUUAUUAUUGUUUAUAACUUGUACAGAAUAUGGUUUACUACUUCCAAAGAAUUCAUUUGUGGCCAGUCGAUUUCUUCAAUUUGUCUUUUUGUCAAUUUGUGUAUUUGUAAAAAAAAACAGACUAUAGCUAGAUUUAGCUAUGGCUUUGAAAACAAAACUUUUUAAAACAAUUCGCUUAUUUGUGUAAUCGUCCAUUGUGUAAUUUGUGUAGUAGUCCAGUGUGUAAAUUGUGUAAGCGUCCAGGGUGUAAAUUGUGUAUUCGUCCAGUGUGUAAAUUGUGUAAGCGUUCAGUGUGUAAAUUGUGUAAGCGUCCAGUGUGUAAAUUGUGUAAGCGUCCAGGGUGUAAAUUGUGUAAUCGUCCAGUGUGUAAAUUGUGUAAGCGUCCAGUGUGUAAAUUGUGUAAGCGUCCAGGGUGUAAAUUGUGUAAGCGUCCAGGGUGUAAAUUGUGUAAGCGUCCAGUGUGUAAAUUGUGUAAGCGUUCAGUGUGUAAAUUGUGUGAUCGUCCAGUGUGUAAUUUGUGUAGUAGUCCAGUGUGUAAAUUGUGUAAGCGUCCAGGGUGUAAAUUGUGUAAGCGUCCAGUGUGUAAAUUGUGUAAUCUUCCAGUGUGUAAAUUGUGUAAUAGUCCAGUGUGUAAAUUGUGUAAGCGUUCAGUGUGUAAUUUUGUAAGCGUUCAGUGUGUAAAUUGUGUAAUCUUCCAGUGUGUAAAUUGUGUAAUCGUCCAGUGUGUAAAUUGUGUAAGCCUUAAGUGUGUAAAUUGUGUAAUCGUCCAGUGUGUAAAUUGUGUGAUCGUCCAGUGUGUAAAUUGUGUAAGCGUCUAUUGUGUAAAUUGUGUAAGCGUCCAAUGUGUAAAUUGUGUAAGCGUUCAAUGUGUAAAUUGUUUAAGCGUCCAGUGUGUAAAUUGUGUAAUGGUCCAGUGUGUAAAUUGUGUAAUCGUCCAGUGUGUAAAUUGUGUAAUGGUCCAGUGUGUAAAUUGUGUAAGCGUCCAGUGUGUAAAUUUUGUAAUCGUCCAGUGUGUAAAUUGUGUAAGCGUCUAUUGUGUAAAUUGUGUAAGCGUCUAGUGUGUAAAUUUUGUAAGCGCUCAGUGUGUAAAUUGUGUAAUCUUCCAGUGUGUAAAUUGUGUAAUCGUCCAGUGUGUAAAUUGUGUAAGCCUUAAGUGUGUAAAUUGUGUAAUCGUCCAGUGUGUAAAUUGUGUAAGCGUCUAGUGUGUAAAUUGUGUAAGCGUUCAGUGUGUAAAUUGUGUAAUUGUCCAGUGUGUAAAUUGUGUGAUCGUCCAGUGUGUAAAUUAUGUAAGCGUUCAGUGUGUAAAUUGUGUAAUCGUCCAGUGUGUAAAUUGUGUAAUCUUCCAGUGUGUAAAUUGUGUAAGCGUCUAGUGUGUAAAUUUUAUAAGCGUGUAACUAUGGGAAACCAGUGACAAUAAUGCGUUGAGAAUUACGCGUUUUGACUGGGUAUUUAGUCUGCUUUAUACGGCGAGGCAUCUUGGGAGUACUGGUGUUUUAUAGAGUUUUCAAACCUUUGAACUAUUUAUGAAGGGUGUAUUUUUUCCAACGUGUAUAAACACAUGUACAAAAUGCAGUAAGGUCGGCGAUGACGUGUUCUUUCUUCUUUUGUUUGGUGGUCGUUUUUGUUGUGAAGCAUCGACAACAACAAAGUGUCAUUGGUAAUUUGAUACAACAGACGCCAAGUGUCUUUGUUAGCGGCCAUGUUGUCCUCCUUUGUUAGCGGCCAUGUUGUCCUCCGCGAUCCGCAUCCACCAGUUUAAGUUCAUUUUUUACUUUUUACAGUUUCUUGUUACAAUACUGCUUUACUAUCCAUUUCUUGGCUGUUUUGGGAAAGCUAUUGUGAUAAUUUCGAAUGUCAAAGAGUUAUUUUGAGAUUUAUCCUCGCCUAGACUGCAAAACCUGCCUCAACUCGAUGCGAAAACGUUGUUGGUCAAUAAAGUAGAUGUAGAUGCUACAUUUUCAUUUAGAAAUCUCGAAAUAAUCUCGAUUUGAUCAUCUAAAUUUCAGCACGUUUUUGGGUUUCGGACCGAAUUUGCCCAACCGAAGCAGAGAUACGACAAAUUGCAACUUAAAUGUUCGACAAUCGCUAUGGCAAAUCGGUCCGUUUCUAUUCGACCAUAUCAUGCUUGUCUAAUGUAGAAUGAUUUGUUCUAUAUACAAUAAAGUGACGAUACAUAUAUUAUGUAAAUUUUCGACGAUGACCUGGAGGUGUUAAUGUGAAUAAAAGAUCUUGGAGAUAAAA